CUUCAACCACACACAUUCAUUUGGCUGUAAUAACAUUUCAAAGAUUCUUACAAAACAAGUGAAAUGUCAUUAAAUGUCCUUUUAGAACAAGAUGCUAACGACAAUCUACUUGGCCACUUGACUUGUAUACCAAAUUUCUCCCAACUUUUUGUUCACAGAAUUUGCGUUUACAACUUUGGCGUUUGUGUUUUGACGGAUUCGUCUAAGUGGGACAAUGCGCGUGUCGGACAUGCGCACUUAAGAGGGUAGAGACAGUGAGUUCUUUAGCUUUCCUUAUAUUCUCUUUCAAACCAAAAAAGAGACUACUAUUUUUUGUACACUUAGACUAAGGAAAGCAAAGUUUCAUAUUCCUAAAAAUUCUGGUUUUAUAAGUAUCAAAGACAAAUUCAGUCUCCAUGGAAAUAGAGCAAAGAAGGAUCAUGAAGAGAGAAGGAGAAGAAGAAGAAGACAACAAUCAACUUUCACUGCAAGAAGAAGAACCAGAUACAGAGGAAGAGAUGUCUGGGAGGACAAUCGAACCGUGGACGAAGCAGAUAACGGUGAGAGGAGUGUUCGUGAGCAUAGUGAUCGGAGUUGUGUUCAGUGUGAUUGCUCAGAAGCUAAAUCUCACGACAGGAAUUGUUCCAAAUCUCAACAGCUCUGCAGCUUUACUUGCUUUUGUCUUUGUCCAGACUUGGACUAAGAUUCUCAAGAAAUCAGGAUUUGUUGCGAAACCAUUCACAAGACAAGAGAACACAAUGAUUCAGACAUCUGCUGUUGCUUGUUACGGCAUCGCUGUCGGAGGUGGGUUUGCUUCAUAUCUUCUGGGGUUAAACCAUAAGACAUAUGUGUUGUCUGGUGUGAACUUGGAAGGUAACUCUCCAAAGAGUGUGAAAGAACCUGGCCUUGGUUGGAUGACUGCUUAUCUCUUUGUUGUCUGUUUCAUCGGUCUUUUUGUCCUAAUCCCUCUCCGAAAGGUUAUGAUUGUUGACCUUAAAUUAACAUAUCCGAGUGGUUUAGCUACUGCGGUUCUCAUCAAUGGCUUCCACACACAAGGAGAUGCACAGGCCAAGAAACAAGUGCGUGGUUUCAUGAAAUACUUCUCAUUUAGUUUCUUGUGGGGUUUCUUCCAGUGGUUUUUCUCUGGUAUUGAAGAUUGUGGCUUUGCUCAAUUCCCAACCUUUGGUUUGAAAGCUUGGAAACAAACGUUCUUCUUUGAUUUCAGCAUGACAUUUGUGGGAGCAGGAAUGAUUUGUUCACAUUUGGUUAACCUUUCUUUGCUUUUAGGAGCUAUCCUCUCUUAUGGCUUAAUGUGGCCUCUUCUUGAUAAACUUAAGGGCUCUUGGUUCCCUGAUAAUCUCGACGAACACAACAUGAAGAGCAUUUACGGCUACAAAGUCUUCUUAUCCGUAGCUCUAAUCCUCGGCGACGGUCUUUACACUUUCGUUAAGAUCCUCUUUGUGACCAUUGCCAAUGUCAACGCAAGAUUGAAGAACAAACCUAAUGAUCUAGAUGACGUAGGUCACAAGAAACAACGGAAAGAUCUCAAGGAAGAUGAGAAUUUCCUCAGAGAUAAAAUCCCAAUGUGGUUCGCAGUUUCCGGAUAUCUUACAUUCGCUGCGGUCUCAACCGUCGUGGUUCCUCUGAUAUUUCCUCAGCUCAAAUGGUAUUACGUUAUUGUAGCUUACAUUUUCGCGCCUUCUCUGGCCUUCUGUAACGCUUAUGGAGCUGGACUUACAGACAUUAACAUGGCUUAUAACUACGGCAAAAUUGGUCUUUUUGUCAUCGCGGCUGUGACGGGAAGAGAGAACGGAGUUGUAGCCGGACUCGCCGGUUGUGGACUGAUCAAAUCCGUUGUUUCGGUUUCUUGUAUUUUGAUGCAAGAUUUCAAGACGGCUCAUUACACGAUGACGUCACCUAAGGCUAUGUUUGCUAGCCAAAUGAUUGGAACGGUCGUUGGAUGCAUCGUGACGCCGUUAAGUUUCUUUUUGUUCUACAAAGCGUUCGACAUUGGAAACCCUAACGGAGAAUUCAAGGCUCCUUACGCUUUGAUUUACAGAAAUAUGGCGAUUCUUGGGGUGCAAGGCUUCUCUGCUCUGCCUCUUCACUGUCUCCAAAUGUGUUACGGGUUUUUCGGGUUUGCUGUUUUGGUCAACGUCGUCAGAGAUCUUACUCCGGCGAAGAUUGGAAGAUUCAUGCCACUUCCGACGGCGAUGGCUGUUCCGUUUCUUGUCGGAGCUUAUUUCGCAAUCGACAUGUGUGUUGGGACUUUGAUUGUGUUUGUUUGGGAGAAGAUGAAUCGGAAGAAAGCAGAGUUUAUGGUUCCGGCGGUGGCUUCAGGGCUAAUCUGUGGCGAAGGGCUUUGGACUUUACCUGCGGCGGUGCUUGCCCUCGCCGGAGUAAAACCUCCGAUAUGUAUGAAGUUCUUAGCUUCAUAGGAUCAGUCAAAGAGAUAAGAAGACUUGUGAAGUUAGAGUACUUAGAAGACGUCAAUGAUAUUAAAAUCAUCCUAUUCUUAGAAUAACAGGUAGACUUCUGAACAAGAACAUCUCUUCUUCUAGGAAUUAAGACUAAAAUCUACUUACAUCCGGAUGAUUCAUGCUCUGUUUUUUGGUUUGGUAUAAUUUGUCAACACAUCUAGAUCUGUUCCAUUUCCGGUUAUCUUCUAUUGGGUUAUCUCUGAAACUGUUAUGGGCUCGGCCCAUAAAUUUAAACCUUGGUGUAACAAAAAGUAAUAAAAUCAGCUAUUUAAUCCUAUAUAU